AAAUUGUAACAAUGAAGAAGGAGUAUCGUCGGCUCAAUUUUUAUUCAGUAUACUACUCUAUGGUUUGUCCAUCGUCCGCCAGUAAAAUUGGCGACGCAGCAAAAAAGAAACGCCAAUCGGAAAAUAAAAUUUUUUUUACGUCCCACCCGCCGAAAGCCGUUAUCAUAACGAACAGUUUUUCUCCGGUUGAUAACGCGAGUUUUCGAACACGAUUUUUACAAUUUUCGACGGAUAUUUAACUUCUCCAAACGUUUUCCAUUCCGUUCCGUGUAAGUUCGCGUCUCUUGAAAGACGUGCGUAUACAGUUUUUUCGUCGUUUGUGUUCGUAGUUGUCGCGAUCGCGGUAACGAGUACGACCGCACGCUGACGACGGUCCUCGGUUUUCCUUCGGUAUUUUAAUUUUUAUAAAUCAUCUGUUUCGUCUUUUUCACGUCCGAUCUAGAUCGCGUAGUGCGUGUAAAGCUGUUCGUCUACGAUUUGUUCACAUAUCCGGUUCGUGUGAUUGUGACCGGUUAUUAGGAUUCUAUUGUUUGAAUUAGAGAAAUAUUCUCGUGAUAAAAGCCAAAUCGGUGAUUAUUCUAGUCAUUGUGAAACACUUCGAAAUGCUUUAGAAUUGCAAUUAAAAGAUACCAUGUGCAAGUUGAUUCAAACAGAUGAAAUGUCUACAGUUUCAAAACAAAUGAUUGAAAAUGAUAAGCUACAAAACAAUAAUUCAAUUGAGGAAUAUAUGCAUUACCAUCAAUCAUCAUUGGAAAAUCUUUCAAAACAAAAAGAUGAGGAAAUAGAAAAACUGAAUAAUCGAAUGGAAGAAUAUAUUAAAGAAAUUGAUGAAUUAAAACAGCUCUAUGUUAAAGUAUGUUCAGAAAAAGAAAAUAGUUUAAAUGAAAAAGAAAAAUUAGAAAAACGUUACGAUGAAUUAUCUUCUCAAUUUGAAACACUAGAUAAACAAUAUGGAACUGUAGUGAAAGAAAAAGAAGAGUUAGCAAUUACAUUAAUUGGUAUAAAAAAAAAGAUGAAUGUAAAUCAAGAUUCUAUUCAAAAACAAUCUCUGAUAAAAGAAAUUGAAGAUUUAAAAAAUGAAUUAACAUUGCAUAAACGUCAAAAAGAGGUGAUUGCUAAUUUAAAAAUUGAUUUGAUUCAAUCUAAAGAAAGUAUUGUCUUUGGAACAGCGAUUACAAUUGGAGUGUGAUUCUAAAGUUGCUACUUAUAUUGAUAAAUUAGAAAAAUUAAAAAAAGAGUAUGAAGAAAAGGUUAACAAAUCAAAAGAAGCAAAAGACAUAAUUUCUAAGUUAACCACUACUGAUUCACUAACAUCUUCAAAAGUAAUAGAUGAUGAAAAAACUUUGAAGUUAAAAUUAUUGAAUUAUGAAAAUUCAUUGUCUAAUAUAGAAAGGAAACAUAAACUUGCAAUGAAUGAAAUGUCAUUCAAGUACAAAAAUGAAUUAGACGAGUUGGAGAUGAUUUAUAACAAAAAAUUUAAUGAAGAAAAAGUUGUAUGUGGUAAAUUAAUCGAAGAGCUUAAGAGCAAACAUAAGAUUGAGAUGGAAACAUUGAACACUGUGACAAAACAGAAUGCAGAUGAUUAUGCGAAACAGGAAAUUAUGCAAAUUG